CGAUCACACACACACAUAUUCGAUAUGUGAAUGAAUGCGAACAAUCGGCACUUUGGCGUUGAGCGCAUGCGUCAAGUGUAAAUGUGUCUCAUACUCAUAUGAGUAAACUCAUACUUGCAGCGCGAGCAAUUUUGGUCAAACUUGGGAGGCAGACACAUGCGAAAGCACAUAUACACAUACAAAGAUGAACAAAAAGAAAAAAUCACCACCACCAUUGUGGGCCCUCCGAUUGAUAGCAAACGUGACGAUAGCAACGGCCGCGACAGCGUCGCGCUGCAGGUGAAAAGAUGGAAGCGAAUCGAAUAGAAGACGCUAGGCUCCGAUCGUACAGCAGUUAGUCUGUGGAAGUUAUUCGAACCGUUAAGUGCUAACCAGCCGAAAACCUAGUGUAACGAGCAGGCGAGCAAUCAAAAAAAUCCAAUUCAUCUGUAUAAAAAGUGCUGAGCAGUGUUGCGGACAAAAGCUAUUUCAAUUAACGACUAUUGACUAGCACCUGCUAGAAAUAAAUAAAAAUAUAUAAAUAUAUAUAAUAAACGAAUUAAGCUAUAGUUGUGGUGGCGUAGGGUUCGGCGGUUAGUGUUGUGGUGCUGUGCGGUGUGUGCGAUCUGCGAACUGAUUUUUGCGAAAUUUGGUUUUUAAAGGAACUGCCAGUGCUUUGGCGAAAAGAACGCGCUGCAGUAUUAACAUAGCGGAUAGUCAUUUACACAAAAUAAUAUAUAAGCUAUUUCCGUUGUGUACGAAUUUCCGGAAGUCUCUGACUCAACAAAACUAAACUAUUUAAACAGUAAAUAACUGUAAUAUCCAUACAGUUUGGAAAAUGUCAGCUGUACGAAUGAAUGAUACGAAUACGAUUGUUGAUCGUAUGGUCAACUUUCUGGUGGAACAUGAGGAUAUGCGUACAAAGAGCUGGUUCCUGUCGAAUGCUCCCGGUCCGCUCUUUAUGAUUUUGGCCGGUUACUUGUAUUUCUGUUUGUAUGCGGGACCACGUUACAUGCGCGAUCGCAAGCCAUUCGAGUUGAAAACAACACUGUUGGUAUACAAUGCUGUGCAGGUGCUAUUUAGUUGGGUGCUAUUCUAUGAGGGUUACAAAGCCGGCUGGGGUGGACACUACAAUUUCCGCUGCCAACCGGUCACCUAUGCGACAGAUCCGAUUUCCAUGAGGAUGGCGCGCGCUGUUUGGUUGUACUACAUCGCCAAACUCACGGAACUGCUCGACACCGUGUUCUUCGUCUUGCGCAAAAAGCAACGGCAAAUCUCCUUCCUGCAUUUGUACCACCACACCCUGAUGCCCAUUUGCGCCUUCGUGGGAGUCAAAUAUUUCGCCGGCGGUCAUGGUACUUUACUGGGAUUCAUUAACUCUUUCAUACAUAUCAUCAUGUACGCCUAUUACUUGCUCUCUGCCAUGGGUCCCAAGGUCCAGAAGUACUUGUGGUGGAAGAAAUACAUUACCAUUCUCCAAAUUAUUCAAUUCCUAAUCAUCUUCGUGCACACUCUUCAAAUUCAAUUCCAACCCAGCUGUAAUUUCCCAAAACCAAUUGCUGCUCUGCUCACCUUUAACGCCGGCCUUUUUACAUACAUGUUCAGCUCCUUCUAUAUUAAAAACUACAACAAGGAGGUUGCCCAAAAGGCCAAGGCGGAUGCAGCUGCCAAACAGGAUUGAGCUGUUCUUCUCAUAUACUUUGCUGUUCUAUAUAUUUAUUUCAAUACUUUGGGCACUUUUUUAUGUGCAGACUUUAGACACUGAGCACUUACAUAUGAAAUUCAAAAUCAUCAAGCUUGUCAAGCGACAGUUGCUGCUUGAUUUGAGUUCUUCAAAAUGCGGCAAAAGUGUCUUACCUCUGGAAAAGCAUUCCGACUGUUCGAGUAGAUUCAUCGUCGAUUAUGGUUUUGUUAAAUACAUUAAUAUUGAGAGAGGAAUUGAAAUUUAUAAAGAAAAUUUUCAAGGGUAGUUAAUGUACGUUUGUACAGUAGACUUGUAGAUUUGUAGAUAGUGCUUGUACGCCCUUAUGUACAUAUAAUAUAACACAUACAUACAUACAUACUAUAUGUAUAUUUAGUUAACAAUUAGUUUAGUAAUUGUAAUCAUAAGUGUAAAUUGUAGUGCAAUUACUUCUUGCAUUUGCACAAGUAAUUUGAUAAACUUCUGCUUACAUAUAUUUAAGUUAUAGAUCGAUCGCUGCGCUUUUGCUACAAGCCCAUUCGCCUCACUCCGAGUCCAUAAUUCGAUAUUUAUUAUCGUACAAUUUUAAAAGUGCAAUGGAACCAAAUAUUUUGCUUUAGUUUAAUUAAUUGUAAAAUAUGUAAUCAAUGCUUGAUUUUUAUAUACCCUCAACGACACACAUACAUAUUUACAUAAUUAUGAUUAUGUAACGGUAAAUAGUAUACCUUAAUUCCUGCCUACAAAUAAGUAUGAAUGCAUCUCAUGUAACAGAACAGUACCAAGUAAUUUGAUUAAAUUACAUGAAAUUACAAUUUACAUGUUAUUGGUUCUGGUCCGUCACAGCAGAUUUGAAUAACGAACAAAAAAAUAGUUUUAAAAUUAUAUAUUAUUAAUUUUUGAAUGAAAUUGAAUUCUUUUUGGAAUCUUACACACAUUUUCAUAAAAUUACAUAGAAAUAUGUACAAAAGUAAAUAUAGGUAUAUACUUGUAUAUAUUAAUAUACAUAUGUGCGUGCUAUAGCUUUCCUAGUGCGUUGUGGAUGUGUACCAGACGGCUUGAAUUUUUACUAUGUAUGUAUAUUCCUGGUAACCCAAAACGAAUAAAUGUUUUUAGACAUGAA